GUUGUAUUUAGAUAUUACACCAAUUGCAGCAGCUGGUCACACUGCCGUUUACACGUGCAAGUUGAAUUUGAAAAGAAAACAUUUCUAUUUUCCGGUAAAACAUGAAGAAAAAGCAGGUGGAAAGUGCAUCCGAGGAGGAGGAAGUGCAGACCGAAGACUCCGAGACUUCCGACGAGGAGGAAGUGCAGACCGAAGACUCCGUGGCUUCCGGCGAGGAGGAGCUGCAGGCAGAGGACUCCCAAGAAGAGGAUUCUCAUAGAUCCGAACUGGAUUUGGACGCCAGUGAGACCGAAUCCGAUGAAGAUGAUGACGAGGAGGAAGAUCAAAUUAAACCUGAGCUUAAAAGCAGGGCCGAGAUUAUCGACGAGAAGAUCCACACCAAGUACGAGCAGUUAAAGGGCACCCGGCUGUAUGUCCGGUUUCCCCAAAAACUGCCCCUGGACGUGGAGGAGUUCAAUGCGAAGGUGAAGGCUCUGCAUCCACUGGUUCUGAAGUCCACAAAGCCGCGCCAGAAGCACGCCCGUUUCUGUCUCGUCGAUUUCAAGUCGAAGGAGGACCGCGACCAGGCCUUUAAGGAUAUCAAGACCGCCAUUGAAAAGGAUGAGAAGCACAAGGGUUUAUUCGUAUCCCUGCCCAAAACGGACUCCGACGAUUUCGUCAACGAACUGGUGACCCGCAAGCAGACAUCCAUCGAGAACAAACGCACGAAGGCGCUGAUGAAGCGAGCCACCAAAAAGGUCCUGGCCAAGGGUAACUUCACCUCGUCCGUGGUCAUUACCAACCUGCCAAAGACCAGUUCGCUUGCCCAAGUGCGCCAGCUGUUCCAGGACGCAGUGGACAUUCAAAUACGACCGGGCAAGGGAAAGUUCCGAGAGUACAGCACGGCGACCGUAACCCUGCCAACGACCCACGAUGCACGCAAGGCCAUCAAAGAGAAGCUCAGCCUGGCGGGCACGCCACUGGUAUUGCGCUUCAACACUCAGAAAAAGCGGAGCUCCAAUGAUAAGCUCAAGCGGCAGGCCGAGAAUGGGAAGUCAACUGCAAAUAAAGCACUCAGUCAGAGACAAAACAAUAAGUGGUCAAAGGCUGAAAAGGGGGAAGCCCGUAAAAUUAAUAAACCAGAAAAAGACACUAAGCAACAACCGAGGGAAAACCUGAAGAGAAAGUCGCCCAAGGGGAAAACACCUAAUAUUAAGACACCCAAAAAGUUAAAGAAACUAAGUGCAGAAUAGAAUGUAGUUAAUGUUUGCUAAUAAAAAUAAAUUUUCACUUUUGAUUGACCA